AUGUACAAGGUAUUGGAGCGCAUUAUCUUGGACCGACUCAAUAAACAUCGCGAAGAAACAACGCGCGACGAGCAAGCUGGCUCUCGUCCUGGCCGAUCUACGAUUGACCAGGUGUUCAUCGUCAGGAGAGUGAACCGCGUUCGACUCUCCUCACCGGGGACGUCUUCUCAACGCGCCGAUGGAGUACCAGGAAAGUUCGUCCGCUUGCUUGAUGGCAUGAAUCAACGAACAGCUGCUGCAGUUCGAACACCAGCCGGAUGUACAACACCGUUUGAAGUGGUAACUGGAGUAAGACAAGGGGCAGUGGCAGGACCUUUCCUGUUCAAUUUCGCAGUCGACGACAUUAUGCGAAGAACAAUCGACAAGUGUCCUGCCGACAUUGUCUUAGCACCAUCAGGGUGCUCCUUGACUGAUCUCGAGUAG